GCUAUAUAUAUAUAUAUAUAUAUAUAUACUUGGUCCGAUACCAAGUGCAUUUCAGAAUUCAAGAACUCGUUUUUUUCUUGCAGAAAAGAAAAGAAAAAAGAUGUCUGCCUUUGUUCAAAUCUCUAAAACCACUAGCCAUGUUCGUUCCAGCAGUUUGCCUUCCAAAACUCAUCCUCUAGCUGCAAGCGUUGAGGAGCAGUUGAUCAGGCUGAAAGCAUCAGAAUCAGUAUGCUAUAAAUUAAGUGGCCUCAAAUAUUUAUACGAGAGAGUAGAUGAUUUCUUGCCACUCGCCCAGCAGGCUUUUGCUCGCCAACAUCAAGAUAAAUGUUUAGAGGAAAUGGUAGAUGGAUCUCUACGUUUACUUGAUAUGUGCAGCGCUACAAGAGAUGUUUUGUCACAAAUGAAGGAAUGCGUCCAGCAGCUUGAAUCUUCUCUGAGGAGAAAAAGAGGCGCAGAUUCGAGCAUGCAAAAUGAAGUUCAUGUUUAUAUGAACUCCAGAAAAAGAUUGAAUAAAGUAAUUUCCAAGUGUUUUGGAAAUUUGAAGAAAAUGGAAAGUAACUGCUCAAAAUUGCCUUUAGAUAAGGACUCGGAAUUGGCUAUUGCGGUUAGAAUGCUAAAAGAAGUUGAAGAAAUUUGCCUCACAGUGUUUGGAUCACUCUUAUCUACUAUCUUUGGACCUAAAGCAAGAUCAAGAACGGGUAAAUGGUCUAUAGUCUCAAAAUUACUGGAACCCAAGCAGAUUUCAUGCCAAGGACAAGAUGAUUCCAUUGAAGUUGAAAAGAUAGAAACAGAAUUGCUUGCUAUGAUUGGCAAGACACUCAACAUUGUAGAAAUGGAAAAUGUAAUGAAGGGACUAGAAGCACUAGAGUCUAACUUCAAACAAAUGGAGGAAGAAUUGGAGUGUGUCUAUAGGCAGUUAUUAAAAAACAGAGUUUCUCUCCUUAACAUGCUUAACUACUAAAUGUAAAUCACAAUUAUAUAUAUACAUAUACUGAAAGUUGUAUCAAACUCGAUAUGAAUAUAUUGAAAUGAAGAAAUCUAUCUCAAAAUCUCCUUUUUUUUUUUUUUUUUUUU